ACUGUUACCGAACCAAAAGUGGGUUCACCUCCUGGUGAGUUAAAAUCAGAUUCUCAUCCAGAAGUAGUUGUCACACAAAGUAGAACUUUUUUGCAGCAGAUAGGAGACCACGUGUAAUCAUUUCCAAAGUCAUGGCUGUCCCCAGCACGGGACAACAGGGGCCUUUUAUUUUGGAUGGGGAAUGAAUAUUCAAAAGGGAGAGGUGGGCAUUCGCUUGUGUAGGCUCAGUUGGAAAACAUGCUUCCACAUAUGCUGCAGGUUCUGGGGAUAAGGCCUAAGCUCCUCUCUUAAACAGUAAAAUGCUUCCGAACCCAGCCUUGAGUUCCUCGGGGCAAUUAGUCGGUGACAGAACCUUUUGUCAUGUAUAACCUGCUUGUUUCCAAAAAAGGACCUGAAGUAACCCCCCACGGGCCUCUGCCUCUGGGCUUCAUUCUCUAGAAGGUGGCCAGAGCUGUCUCCUCCAGACACUGAUUUUACCACAUUGUUCCCCUUUAUAAGACCUGUCAGUGGCUCCCCAUUGUCUGGGGGAUUACAGUCCAAACUGCACCACUGCUCACUAAGCCCCGGGAUGCAGCUGCUGCCUCUGUCACCUCCUCCCUCGCUGCAUUUCUCUCACUUAAACAUUUCCAAACAGGAUGAACCACCGGCAGUUCUCAGAAUAAGCAGUGCUACUUUUACAAACUUGGAAUAGAGGGGUCCGUCUCCGCCAGAGUACACCAUCACCAUGUACGACACCAAAACCCGCGAGCUCCGGUGGAACGCCACCUACUUCGACUAUGCAGCCUCACUGCCCGAGGAUGACAUGGACUACAAGAUGUCCCACUUUGUGUCCAAUGGUGAUGGACUGGUGGUGACCGUGGACAGUGAGUCUGGCGACGUCCUGUGGAUCCAAAACUAUGCUUCCCCUGUGGUGGCCUUUUAUGUCUGGCAGCGGGAGGGUCUGAGGAAGGUGAUGCACAUCAACGUCGCUGUGGAGACCCUGCGCUAUCUGACUUUCAUGUCUGGGGAGGUGGGGCGCAUCACCAAGUGGAAGUACCCUUUCCCCAAGGAGACGGAGGCCAAGAGCAAGCUGACGCCCACCUUAUAUGUUGGGAAAUACUCUACCAGCCUCUAUGCCUCCCCUUCAAUGGUCCACGACGGGGUCGCCGUUGUGCCCCGAGGCAGCACUCUUCCUUUGCUGGAAGGCCCCCAGACCGACGGUGUCACCAUUGGGGACAAAGGGGAGUGUGUGAUCACACCCAGCACGGACCUAAAGUUUGACCCUGGGCUCAAAGGGAAGAACAAGCUCAACUACUUGAGGAACUACUGGCUUCUAAUAGGACACCAUGAAACCCCACUGUCUGCGUCGACUAAGAUGCUGGAGAGAUUCCCCAACAACCUGCCCAAACAUCGGGAAAAUGUAAUUCCUGCUGAUUCAGAGAAAAAGAGCUUUGAGGAGGUUAUCAACCUGGUUGACCAGACUUCAGAAAAUGCGCCUACCACCAUUUCUCAGGAUGUGGAAGAGAAGUUCACUCAUGCCCCUGCCAAGCCCGAGGCCCCCGUGGACUCCAUGCUCAAGGACAUAGCCACCAUUAUCCUGUGCACCUUCCUGCUCAUUGGCUGGGUGGCCUUCAUCAUCACCUACCCGUUGAGCAUGCAUCAGCAGCAGCAGCUCCAGCACCAACAGUUCCAGAAGGAACUGGAGAAAAUCCAGCUCCUGCAACAGCAGCAGCUGCCCUUCCCCCCACCUGGAGACGUGGCUCAGGACACUGAGCUCCUGGACUCAGCCGGCCUGUACUCGGAGAGCUCGGCCACCAGCAGCCCCAGCACAUCCCCCAGAGCCUCCAACCACUCGCUCCACUCCAGCGGCUCUCUCUCCAAGGGUGGCACCAGCCCUUCCCUGGAGCAGGACGAUGAGGAUGAGGAAACCAGCAUGGUGAUCGUUGGGAAAAUUUCGUUCUGUCCCAAGGAUGUCCUGGGCCACGGAGCGGAGGGCACAAUUGUGUACCGGGGCAUGUUUGACAACCGUGACGUGGCAGUCAAGAGGAUCCUCCCUGAGUGUUUUAGUUUCGCAGACCGUGAGGUCCAGCUGUUGCGAGAAUCAGACGAGCACCCGAACGUAAUCCGCUACUUCUGCACGGAGAGGGACCGGCAGUUCCAGUACAUCGCCAUCGAGCUUUGCGCAGCCACUCUGCAGGAGUACGUGGAGCAGAAGGACUUUGCCCACCUUGGCCUGGAGCCCAUCACCUUGCUGCAGCAGACCACCUCGGGCCUGGCCCACCUGCACUCCCUCAACAUUGUUCACAGAGACCUGAAGCCUCACAACAUUCUGCUUUCCAUGCCCAAUGCACAUGGCAAGAUCAAGGCCAUGAUCUCUGACUUCGGCCUCUGCAAGAAGCUGGCAGUGGGCAGGCACAGCUUUAGCCGCCGUUCAGGGGUGCCCGGCACAGAAGGCUGGAUCGCUCCGGAGAUGCUGAGUGAAGACUGCAAGGAGAACCCUACCUACACAGUGGACAUCUUCUCUGCGGGUUGCGUCUUCUACUACGUGAUAUCUGAGGGCAGCCACCCUUUUGGCAAAUCCCUGCAGCGGCAGGCCAACAUUCUCCUGGGCGCCUACAGCCUUGACUGCUUGCACCCCGAGAAGCACGAAGAUGUCAUUGCCCGAGAAUUAAUAGAGAAGAUGAUCGCAAUGGAUCCUCAGAAGCGCCCCUCCGCGAAGCACGUGCUGAAACACCCGUUCUUCUGGAGCCUCGAAAAGCAGCUCCAGUUCUUUCAGGACGUCAGUGACCGAAUAGAAAAGGAAGCCCUGGACGGCCCGAUAGUGAAGCAGCUGGAGAGAGGCGGGAGAGCUGUGGUGAAGCUGGACUGGAGGGAGAACAUCACCGUCCCCCUCCAGACAGAUCUGCGUAAAUUUAGAACCUAUAAAGGCGGCUCCGUCAGAGAUCUCCUCCGAGCCAUGAGAAAUAAGAAGCACCACUACCGGGAGCUGCCCGUGGAGGUGCAGGAGACGCUGGGCUCCCUCCCUGACGACUUCGUGCGCUACUUCACCUCGCGCUUCCCCCACCUCCUCUUGCACACCUACCGGGCCAUGGAGCUGUGCAGCCAUGAGAGGCUCUUCCAGCCCUACUACUCCCACGAGCCCCCCGAGCCCCAGCCCCCAGUGACUCAAGACGCCCUCUGAGCCAGGGCAGCCUCCAUUCUGGUGGCCCCAGCUUUGACUGAGGGCCUGGUCUCUACAAGCCAGAGCCUGAAGCCUCCCGGCUUAGCAGGGAAACCAGGCUCCCAAACCAAGUGCCUUGAGCUGCCCGCUCUGCAGCCAACAGAGGAGGAUGCUGGCUCGAGGAAGUGGGAGAGGUGACCCUUCCUGACCUGCAGGGAGCUGGGAAGAUGUUAGCCAUGAAAGCUUUACAACUGGGGGACGUCUGCAAAGGAGGGCCCGUUCCAGAGGCAGCGAAAGGAGCACCCUCCUCCUUCUCUUGGAUAAGAUGGCUUUAGACUUACAUUUCUUUUUAAACUUCCCGUUUGAUGUCAGCCUGUGGGCCUUUAAGGAAGAGAGAAGAGGGAAUCCUAAGUUUUGCCUACUUGCUGGGACCAGGAGCAUCUCUCUCCUCGACCAGCUAGGCUGAGAUGUGCUAAGGGCAGCUUCUGCCAGAAGUGGGCUUGAGAGGUGAGGGUGCCGAGGAGGAGGAAGACGUUCAGAGGGCAUUGUCCCUGGGGAUUGGCGAUGCCUCACUGAUCACAAAUGCGCCCAGAGUUUCCCAGGUCGCUGUAACCACUGUUUCCUUGGGGACAGCAAGAGCCUUGAGCAUGGGAGCGCAGUGUUGGGACAGGUCAGCACCGCAUGCUGGAAGGUGAGGCCAGGUCUGCAGGUCUCAAAAACGAAGAGCACACUGUUCUGAGGCAGCUGCAGCCCAGUGCCCCGGUGGCCUGAAUGGUGGCCCUUGGUGGAUUUGUGCCCUGGGCCACUUGGGGAUAUUAUGGAGCGUUUGGGGACAAGAGGUGAUAAGUUCCCUGGCCAUCAAGGAGAGCAGCUGAGGCCCAGGCAGGCACAGGUCUUCAGGACCGGAGGGGAGCAGGCUGAAUGGGACACAUAGCCACCCUGGGAGAGCCCUGGGCCAGUGGGUAGGUAAUGAGGCUCCUCUGUCCCUGGGGCCAGCAGGACGGACCAGGGGGUUGGGAGCCAAGGCCAGGGUCAGCAUGUGCUUCAUAGGCAGGCUUUUAUGUUUUUCUUGGCAGAUUUUAAUAACUUUAUAUUUUGAUCAUACUGUAGAAUGCUACAUUAGCAUAAGUAAGCUAAAUUUGAAGCUUACUCGUGAAGAAGAAAUGCAAGAUGAUAAAUCUUCUAUUUUUUGUGGUACCAAAAGUCCCCAUCCCCUCCAGAGAGAAUGUUUAUAUUUAGAACAUUCUCUGAUGCUGAAGAGUAAAACAUGAUAGCAACACUAUACACAUGUAUUAAGCAAUGUCAAAGUAAUAUUCUCUAAAUUAGGUCAAUCACAUGGUAUUUUUUUUCCUAAAAUUAAUAUAAUUUUUAACUUUAGUUCCAGUAAAAAACUCCUCUGUCUUUUCUCCACCGAGAGCCUUAGAGGUUAUGCAGUCAGGGUACCGUGUAAGGAAGUCUUUUUCCUGUACUUUCUCCAGCUGGGUGAACGAUCAUGGCGGUUCAGUCCUGGGGACUCAGAGACUCCACUCAGCAGUUGAAUGUCAUUGUCGGGUUUUACUAACUGAUCAGAAAUCAGUUUCUUCUUCUUGUGAGAUGGUUUCUGGUGGGGUAUGUGUAUGAGGGCCGCUCGUCAAAAGCUUCCCUUCUGCCUUUGUAGAAUCCAGUUCCUUUCCUUUCAUAAUGCCUAAAGUCACUUUUAUUUCUUGAAUAAAUAUUAUCCUACAUCUUUAAACCUCAAUUACCUCAUUUAGACCUUGGAACCCUGGUGUCCUUGGUUGGCAUUGCGCAUCUUCUCCCAUGCUGUCUGUUUUCAGGAACUUGUCCACAGAGUUUUCCUGUCCCCGCUCUGAUGCCCCGUGCCUGCGCCCCCCUCACUGCCCUUCUUCUCCCGCUCUGCGGGCCACUUUGCCACGCAGCCUGCCUGGGGUAGCCCCAGAGAGUCAGAGGUGGAGAAGGUGCCACGAGUGACUUAAUGGGGCUGUCAGCUUUCUGUGCUGCCGGGGGACUGCUCCUCACCUCGUUCUUAUCGCUGAAUUUCUCUUUUGGGGAGUAGCCAGGUCAUUUCUAGCUGCCCAGUAUUUGUGACAUCUCUGUUUUGGCCCAACUUGCUUCUGGGACAACUUUUUAAAAAUGCCUUUUCUGCUUAUCAUAUUAGUUUCUAACAACCCAACUUUCUCAAACUCAUUUAUUCAAUGUAUUUUAUCCGAGCACUUGCCAUAUGAGCCAAGCAGGAUACUGGAUGCUAGGGACACAGAAGUGAACAAGUUAGCAAAACCUCUGCUUUCGUAAGAGCUUAUAGUGAGAGCGACAACAAUAAACAAUAAAUAAAUUCUCAGUGCCACAAAGAAAACCCGGGGGUAGGGAAGGGCAUGCAUUUGGGGUUUGCACCUCUUCUGUCUUAAAGCUGCCCACGUCCCAGAACCCCUCAGAUGUGGUCAGGUCGCCUUCUGUCCAUCUUCUCUCCGUCACCUUUAGGAACCCACCUUUAGUCAGUCCUUCAGUGGUUUGACAAGGUCUCAUGUGGGCACUUGUCAUGAAAAUAGUUUGGGCGUCAUCUGGUCUGUUUAUCCUGUUCUAGUCUCUAGAAUUCUGGUUUCCUGUUGUGCUCAGCACAGUGGGAGGGUGUCUUUCUUUGUCCAGAACAGGGUUCUGCAGACUUGGUGCAUCCUGUUGAAGCUGAGCAGUGUGAUCUUUACAAUUCCUGGAAGGCUGUUUAACUUUUUAGAAGUACGCUGUCUUCAUUUUUAAGAAAGAAUUUAGUUACAUCUGUGAGGAAUCUCAAGGACACUGUGAUUUAUUUAAAUUUAUUCAAUCUUGUAUUGAAUCUGUCUUUGGCAUACCUUUCCAGAAUUUCUCUUGUUGCUUCUUGAGUCUUUUUAACUUCAGUUUAUGAGGAGCUCCACAUGUCACUGGGCAUCAGCAUUUGCACUUUGGGGAAUCAUUGGUGUUACUUGAUAAGUCACUGAACCAUCUAGUGGCUGACCUAUAAAAUCCUGGGUGCAAAGGUAUGAUCUCCCCAAUCUCAGUGCAAUAGUCGUCAUAGGUUCUUUCCAGUGAGACGUGGCCCUGACCUGUUACAUUUGUUAUAUUGGAAGAUCCACAGGUUAGUGGGUUCAGCAAAAUAUUUUCUUCCCACCAACUCGAGAUGGAAGGUUCUUAGCAGAGUUAAGCCUGAUCCCUUCGGUAAGGUUUCGUGUGAAUGCGAUUCCUUUACCAUUGCAGUCCUUUCUUGCUGCAGGAAGAGAGAUGAAUUGGUUGCUGAUCUGACCUCUCUCGCAGAUGUGGGGGCCUGUGGCUUGUAGGGAUUUCUCCUCUCGGCUGCUGCCCUUUCAGAAGUUGUGCUCCAGGCAGGUUUGGAUUUCCCGAGACUGUUCCUCUUCUCUAUCUCUGUUCUCAGCCUUGAGGUCCUCGCAGAAGGUGGGCGGCUUCUGCUCCUACAGCCUUCUGUGCCCGAAGAGCUGGAAAAGACAGCACAGCAGAGCACACCUGUAAAGAGCCUCUUUUAGUUCUCUUUAGCUUUCUCUCUGCCCAUUUAGUUUCUGAAAUCCCUUUUCUUCGUAUUUCCCAGCGUUUCUUUUCCUUGGUCAUUCCUUCACCAUCCUGGAGUAGUUGAAUAUGGCCUGGCGUAAGCGUUUCCUGAAGAAAGUCAUCAGGUGUCCUAUAUAGAUGAACCAAAAUUCCACCUUCCAGGGUUGGACCAUUGUCUUUUAAACCAAAGUGUCUCAUCUUCCUGUACUUUGUUUUCUGUAUGAAACAGUGAUUUCCAAUGAGAAACUCUAGUUCCAGUUUGUAUAUGGCACUUAAAUCCUUUCUGUAUUCAUUGGAAAACCACGAGGAAUCUGCAGUGAGCCUCCCACUGGAGCAGCCUUAACCAACAUGUCCGGCCAAAGUCCCCACCCAUCGCCUCCCCCUGUGCUCUUUGUGUGUUUGGUGGGUACAGUAUUCCUUUUCAGUCUCCCAGAAGCUGUGACGGGGGAGUCCCCACUUACCUAGAAAGCAUUACCAGUCAACUAUGUGGCAUUCUCAGAUGCAAACCUUAUCUAGUGUUCUUUUUGCAAUGACCUAUUUAUUUAACCUAUUUAUAUUUAUUUAAUUUUUACUCUGAAGUGUUUCCAGUUACAAUUGCACUUGCUUAAAGCACAUCAGAUUUGUUUUGGACAACACCCCUGACCAUUUUAAAACUGGAAAAGGAAAAGUUAUACUGUAUCCUUCCAUGGGAUGGAUGCCUUACAGUAGUUUUGUCAUUAAAGGGUGAUUAAUUUGGUCAGGGUAAACAUGUUAAUUUUUAAGUGAUUUUAUAAAAAAUUCUGUGCCAUUGUGUCUUCUCUGUGGACGGUUAAUUGUUUAAUGGGUAUGUGUUAAUUGUGUGAUACAAUCCUCUUUGUGGAACCUAAAAUCCUCUUUUUAGCUUUAUAUUUUAUAAACUGCCAGAUUGUAUAAUUUUUAUGUGUAUUUUUAAAGCUUGAUGAUGUGAGGGUAAUUAUCUAAGUUAAAUGGCCUAUUUUUGUACCUCCUGUACAGUUUUAUAAUUCUGCUGAUUGAUGAAGGCGUCUAAUGUUGAGCCAACCACAAAUAAAGGUAGUUUUAGAUUUGGAA